AUGGCGAAACGUUUGGACAAGGACGAGCUUCCGCAGCUGGCCGGUUUCCUAUCAGGACAUCUGCCUGAGGCUUUUAAGUUACAUGGAGCGCUGUUGAAUGUAAUAGAUGGUAAAAUACGUCAGGAGUUCUGGGUAGACACGUGGCCGGACCCAAAGGCCGUCGUGGCUACACCCGUAAUGGAGAUCGAGUACAUCUCAAACGUGUACAAUAUAUUUGCGGUCAGCCAAUCAGCAUUAACGAACCUGCUGGAAGAGGAUGGCGUAAUGACUUGGGAGAAUCCAGUUGUCUUUGCAGCUGUUGCUGAAGACUACUUUCCCACAUUAGUCGAAGUGGCGAGCAGGCAUGACUGGUAUUUUGACACAAGUAACCCAUACUGGGGAGAUCUCUAUUACUUGGAUAAGAAACAUCUAGAUAUUGGAGAUUUGCCCGAGGGCAUGCGCGUGCGUGACUUAUCCCCGGAGAAUGCGUGUUUGGUGAACGACUCUUGGAAAUUCAACUCUGGCGGGGGUUCAGUCAGCUAUAUAGAAUCGUGUAUUGAGAGAUACCCUAGCAUUGGUCUGUUUGACGCCAAAAAUCAACCGGUUGGUUUUGAACUGAUGACACAUUGCGGUUUGAUGGGAAGCCUUUACGUCAUGCCUGAACACAGGAGGAAAGGCUACGCAAAAUACAUUACUUCCGCUCUGGCGCAAAAGUGCUUCGAUAAAAGAAGAACGCCAUUUGUGAUUCUGGAACAAUGCAAUGAAUCCUCGAUUUUGUUUCACGAAAAGUUGGGAUUCAGGAAAGCGUCAUGUGGUCGUGUAGCUUGGAUGAAAAUGGAAAGAAAAGGCUGUGGAUCUGUAGAAACAUCCAACAAAUGCUGCACGUGAUGCAGAUGAUAGCUGAUAAUAAGGGUGUUGGGGUUUUCAGACAAGAUGGGGAAUGGAUUUGUCGGACUUGAUGGGGAAAAGAAACUAUCAGACAGGAUCGAAAAUGGAUUUGUCCGAUGGGAUGGGUGGAAAAAGUACCAGACAGGAUCGAAAAUGGAUUUGUCAGACUGGAUGGGGGAAUAAACUGUCAGAGAGGAUAGAAAAUGAAAUUGUCAGACAUGAUGAGGGACGAAAUUAUCAGACAGGAUGGGGGACGAAACCGAAAGUCAGGAUGGGAAAUCAGGCAAGAUGAAACUUAAUUUGUCACACAGGAUUGGAAAUUAAGCUGUCAGAAAACCAAAAAACAGAAAAAUGAGAUUUAGCUGCUAUCGCAUCUUCCUGUCAACAAGGUUGAUACUUGCUAUAGGCAUAGAAAUCACCCUUUCUUUACUGUAGGCCUACAUAUAACAGCGUGCAGAAACCCACUCUUUCGACAGCCAAUGGAUUUACCACCAGAGCAUUUUCAGCCAAUCAUUGAUCGUCCCUUAUAAGUGUGCAUUUCCUUGUUUCGAAGCAAAUGUUAGUACAUUCGGAUCCGAUUUAUCCCUUGACACAACAUUAUACAACAGCAAUGAACAGUGCUAUGAACGGUAAUCGAUGUGAUUUUAUUUUAACAAACUGGAAGUGGAGGGUCACUGCGCACCAGGUAAUACCGGUGAUGGCGAAAGAGGUCGAACAGCCGAUCGAUGUAGCCUAUGUUGUUAUUGUUUUGCCACUAUUUUCCAUCAAGCCUAUUUUGCCACAAAAUAACCAUCCCACCGAUGAUUUUUAACACGUUCAUGUGCAGGAGUUAUUUUUGCGCUAGCACUUCUGCAUCUAGUGUGAAAUGAAGAUAUUCCAUAUACGGCAUACUUCUUUCUUUUGAACUCCUGUCAGUGUCAUUAACUCCGGUGGAAUAUGAUUGUAGCAUGAAUCAUGUAUAUUAAUGAAGGAAAGUUUAGGGCAUUGAAGAGUUAAUAUGACUCAGUAAAUCAUGGCAGAUGAUGUCGGGCAUCGCUAGCGUGAUGAAAUGAAGAUUUUUUAUUGUGGAUGCCGCGAUACAUUACAAAUACCAUAUACAUAGCAUUCACCUAUACACAACGGCCGCACGGCGGUAGUCGAGACCCGGGUUCAAGUCUGAAUAUGAUCAUACUCAGACCUUUGAAACUGCAAACGGUUGGUACUUGGUGCGCUACUUGGUAUUCACACAGAGAGAAAGACCAAGAUAUGUGUUUAGAAC